UGUUGCCUGAAUUCUCUUCGCCGCUUAGAUUACCGCUCAAACGCGCAACUUGGCCCGUUGGUCUCGCGGACCCGACGCCAUGUUCUCCAUCUCUGUCGCUCGAAGUCGUCAGAGCUCGGAAAAUCUAGGGUGGAAGUGGGAGCAGCUUGAUGAUGAGAUGAUUGUGGUAUCUGGACGGUAUUGACACAUUUUUUUGAAGAAAUCAGUUGCCCGGUCUUGUCCUGCUUCCUUUUUAGAGCUCCUGGGGCAUAUGUAUCUCAGACGGGCAUUGAGGAGUUUGUGCUCUACUAGAAGCUUUCAUAUUCUGAGGCCAGGGGUUUUAUUCUUGGAAGCUCGAAAUGGACUUCCUUGGAGCCCUGCUUCCGUAGCCCCAAAGGUGUUUGGUUGCAGACGAAGUGGUCAAAAUUGUUUAAGCCGCUUGCAGCAGAUCAAGCAUCAGCAUGGCAAUGCUUCAGCUGAGGAAGCAUCAGAUCCGUUUGCCUUGGUUGCUGAUGAACUGUCCAUCCUUGCAAAUAGGUUGCGUAAAAUGGUGGUUGCUGAGGUGCCAAAGCUAGCAUCAGCUGCAGAAUACUUCUUCAAACUGGGUGUUGAAGGAAAAAGAUUUCGUCCCACUGUCUUAUUACUAAUGGCAUCUGCAAUUGACAUGCCUGCACAUGCCAUGGCUGGUCUGUCUACUGAUGGAGGCCCUUCUACUAUGCCUAGUUCAUCAAAUGAUUUGCGUGCCAGGCAGCAGUGUAUUGCAGAAAUAACAGAGAUGAUCCAUGUGGCAAGCCUUCUCCAUGACGAUGUUUUGGAUGAUGCAGAAACACGGCGUGGUAUUCGGUCCCUGAACUCCUUUAUGGGUAACAAGUGGGUUGAGAUCAGCGAGGGCGCAGCAGAAUCAUGGUGGCCUAACCCACAUUGGUGCAAGUGUAACUCCCAGGUAGCUUUCCUCCUAAGGGGCUGUAUAUUCGCCAAGGGAAGAAAACUGCGGCGGUGCAAGAAGAAGAAGUUUCGGUGGCAGUUUGAAUUUUAUUUCCGGCAGCGGUGGAGGAAGAGUGCGAAGGGAUCUCGCGGUGGCAGUCGUGAGAUUUGGAGAAGGAGGUUCGGCUGCAACAGCCUGCUCUGCCCGAAAGAUGAUAAGGAGCGCAAGACCUUGCUUAGUGUCUGCCUCACCUGCAGCUACACAGUUCUCUUCAUAGUGAUUUCUUCAAACAGCUAUUGCUGCCCAACAAACUCUAAAUCAGUUGUUAAAUUACAGGAGGCGUCAGAGAAUAACUGUGUAUACAAAAAUGAAGUGCAAUGUAUCCCAGCGUGGCCUAUGAUAUUGAGGGAUGCUUAUGCAGAUCUCACACUUCCUCGCAUUAAGUGA